AUGGAAGAAAUGAAUACGGAGAAGGAAGAACAAACGGGUGCUAAGCAAAGUCACAUCCUCGUUUUCUCUUUCCCAGUUCAAGGUCAUAUAAACCCAAUGCUGGAGUUCUCCAAGCGCCUGGCCUCUAAAGGUCAGAGGGUCACUCUAGUCACAACCACCAAAGCUAGUAAGUCCUUGCAAGUCGGCGAUCCAAUUACCUCAUUCGGAUGUAACCUUAAGGUGGAAUUUAUAUCAGAUGGCACUGAACAAGCUGAUCAAGGAUCUGGUGCCAGUAAGGAUCUCUUCGAGCUUUUAAAAAGUGCAACUACUAAAUCGUUAGCCAAGCUCAUCACUAACAUCAAGAACAGUAAUGAUGCAACUGAGAAAUACCCACUCAAGUUCCUGGUUUAUGACUAUAUCAUGCCUUGGGCUCUGGAUGUAGCGCGACAACACGGCAUGGAUGGAGCUCCAUUUUAUCCAACUUCAAGCGGAGUUGCAGCUCUUUAUUAUCAAUUCCUUGAAGGAACACUAAAGCUUCCCUUAAGGGAAGGGCAGCCAGCAACAUUGCCUUCCAUGCCACCACUAGAGCUCAAUGAUUUACCAACUUUCCUCUCAGAUCUUGACUUAUACCCACUUCUCCUCAAACUCACGGCUCACAUCCCCAAUUUGAGAGAAGUAAAAUGGAUUUUUCAUACAACGUUCGAUAAAUUGGAAAGCGAGGUACUAGAAUCAAUGGCAAGCCAUGGCUUGCCUGUCAGGGCGAUCGGACCAACAGUUCCAUCAAUGUUUUUGGACAAAAGGUUGGAGGAUGACAAAGACUAUGGUCUCAACCUUUUAAAGCCUGAUGAGGAGAAUUGCAUGAAGUGGUUAGACUCCAAGGAAACCGGGUCAGUUGUUUAUGCAUCAUUUGGAAGCUUGUCCAAUCUGAGCAAAGAGGAAGUUGAGGAACUGGCAUCAUGUCUAACUAACUGUAGCUACUACUUCUUAUGGGUAGUCAGAGAAACAGAAAAAGAAAAACUCCCUGAAAAAUUUCUAGAUGAGAUAACAAGGAAGGGUCUCGUGGUGAGCUGGUGUAAGCAAUUAAGUGUAUUAGCUCACAAGGCUGUGGGAUGCUUUGUUACUCACUGUGGAUGGAAUUCAACUCUCGAAGCAUUAAGCUUGGGAGUACCAAUGGUGGGAUUGGUGGCAGUGCCAGACCAAUUCGAUCAUCCGACUAUUGCUAAAUACGUUGCGGAUGUGUGGAAAGCGAGGGUUAGGGUGAAGGUAAAUGAAAAAGUCGGCUUUGCAACCAGAGGAGAAAUAGCCAUGUGUAUUAGGCACGUGAUGGAUAAAGAGAAAGGGAUGGAGGUUAGAAAUGCUUCACUUGUUUGGAAGGAAUUGGCUAAAGAGGCGAUGUAUGAAGGAGGAAGCUCUGAUAAGAACAUUGAGGAAUUUGUGGCUGCACUUCAGUUAAUUUAA